UUUUUUUUUUUUUUUUUUUUUUUUUUUUUUUUUUUUUUUUUUUUACAUUGUAAAGAUGCCGGCAUUGGAGGUGGCAGCAGCGGCGACGGCUGCUUCUGCUGCCACUAAGUCAGGUGUAUAUAUGGGGAUUUCGUCGGACAAUAUAAAAGGUUUGAUGCUGGCUUUGUCUUCCAGCUUCUUCAUUUGGCGCCAGCUUUAUUGUUAAGAAAAAGGGGUUAAAGAAAGCUGGUGCCUCAGGCUUAAGGGCAGGCACCUGACACAUUCAACAUGGCUGUUGUUUCACCUAUUUAGCGCGUCUGGGAGAGCUUAAGAGCAGAAUUUCGACCGUUGACAGUUAAUUUUCUACCGUUGAAGACUGGCUGAAGGGAGUUUUUUUAUAUAAAACCGGCUGACAAAUUUCAGACAAUUGAGCAGCAUUUACAUCCUAAUUCUCAAUUUUGCCCUCACUUUUGAAACCUCAACUACCCAAUGGUCAAACUUGAGGGUUAAAAUGGUCAAUUGAAGCUGUUGAAAUGAAGUGAAGACAGCACACGCCACCUCUGUGGGCUGGAUGACGUGAUUAAAGAAAUUAAUCUGUCCUUUUAAAUUCCAUCCAACGGUUGGAAUUUUACCUUUAAGCGUGACCAGACAGGCCCUUACUUUGUUAUGUUCACAUCCUUAACCAUAUUGGCAAGUGUGAUCAUGUUUAAGGACUGGGACAGGCAGAACCCAACCCAGAUUGUCACGGAAAUGUGUGGCUUUGUGACCACUCUUUCAGGAACCUUUCUUCUUCACAAAACAAAAGACAUUGCUGAAGGAUCCAUGCCUACAACCCCGCGACUUCCCAAGCAUGUGGAUGAGGACGAUAAUUUUGUGCAUGAAGUUAUUCAUUUAAGGCGGCAGGAAUCCUUAAGAACACCAUGAAGUAUUCUUCUCCUCGUCUCUGUCAACUAUUUUUUUUCUUUUCUUUGAUUAUUUUUGUCAAGUAGACCUCUCAGAAUCUUGCUAUUUGGGAAGAGACAACACUGAUAUAAAUUGUGCCAACACUGGAUCAAUUUCCAGCACACUUUCUUUACGCAGUGGAAGGUUAUAUUUUUUAAUAAUUUCUAAUGACGGCCAUAUAAUUUUUCGAUUUUCACACAAAAUACUUGUUCGAUAUAGUAGAUUGAUUUUGCUGUAUUCGGACUAAUACCCGUCCCAGUCAUUUCAUCAAAAUGUCUCAUGUGAAGACUUGAAGUUGACUUAUAAAAAAAAAGGUAGAGAAAAAGAGAUCAUCUCUAUAUUCCCGGACCUCAUUGAUUAUGAAUGCAAGUAAAUGAAGCUCCCUUUAAUGUCAAUUUUCUCUGCUAAAUAUCUGCAAGUUGCAACUUUUCAACACUGUGAGUGGCAUAUUUCAGCUGACUUUUAUUGGGAUACUUUCACUUUA